AUGGCCGGUUUCGAGAUGCAAGGGACACCGAUUCUCGUUCAGGAUGGCACAAACAUCGACAGGCGCCAAUGCAGGCGCAUCGUCCCAAUGAAAGUAUUAGUGCUCGGUCUAUGCCGGACAGGAACGAUGUCUGUUCGAACAGCUCUGAGGUCACUGGGGUACCUUGAGACAUAUCACAUGCGGGCAGCCAGCACCGAAACACCCCGCGACUGCGAGUUAUGGAUGCAGGCCAUCAAAGCAAAGUGGGAUGGUGAGGGCAAGUUCGACAAAGAGGAUUGGGACCAGCUCCUCGGCCACUGCCAGGCUGUGUGCGACCUGCCUGCUGCCGCAUUUGCACCAGAGUUGAUAGCCGCCUAUCCAAACGCCAAGGUCAUCCUCACAACGCGAGACCCAGAGUCGUGGCACAAGUCUACAUCCAAGACCAUUUACCAAGGCAUUACAGACCCCACCUCACAGGUCAUCUCCCAUUUCGACUGGGCUUUCUCGCUCUACCGGCCUAUGCUGGUGACCCUAUGGGACCGCCUGUUCGAGGGAGACUUUGAGAACCGCGGCGUCGAGGUCUUCAAGAGGCACUACGACCUCGUCCGCGAGCUUGUACCACCGGAGCGCUUGCUCGAAUACGACGUGGGCGACGGCUGGGGCCCCCUAUGCGAGUUCCUGGGCGAAGACCGCCCCGCGGCCCCAUUCCCUUACACAAACACCAUCAGUGAUUUCCAACACGGACUUCGGGGCCGCAACAACAGGAAAAUUAGGAAUGCUAUUUUCAAGGCCGUCAUACUUGUGCUAGGCAUGGCGUGCAUCUGGAUGAGCUUUGGCUAUAUCUCGAAGUGGACUCAUGUCAUUUAA